AUGGCCAUAUUGUAUAUAUGGCAUCUAGGGUUUUCAAUUGGAAACCCUAACCCUAGAUGCCCUCCUCCCUCAGCCGAGCUCCCUGCCACCUUCAGCACCUCCCUCUACCCUAGCCGCGCAUGCCCCGGCCACCUGCGCAUGCCGCCAGCCGCCGGAGAGGCUGCUCCUCCCUCUCCUUCAUCAUCUCUACCACCUAGCCGCCACCACCUCUAUUCGAGAGCAACCCAGAGUGAUCACACUCUCGAGUUCCCUCCCCUGGCCGGCUGCCGCCGUCCCCGCGUGCCGCCAUUACCGCCUGAGCUCCCUGCGGCCGAGUUGGGUCAACCCGGGCCUGAGUUAGCUCUUGGCCCGUGCGCUGCCGCCACCUUGUGCCAUCUGUGCCACCCUUCCCCAACCCUUGGCGACAUCCCCGGUCGGUUGCCGCCGGCCCUGCCGGCCGCCGCAGCCACUCUUGGCAGCCUGGGGCCGCCCCAGGCUAAUGAGGGCCGAGGCUGGGACCUUCUUUUCUCUUCGCGCCGCCGCUGCCUAGUGUCGGCCCCCCCGCCUCCCUCUGACCUCCAACGACCCGUCGUCGUCGCCCGGAGCUUCCCCGGUCGUCGCCGUGUCUGUCGGGCUCGGGAUGCUCCGGCACCGCGAUCGCCGCCUCCCGCCGUCGGCUGGCGUGAACGCCGGCCUGCCAUGGUCGACCGCACUCGGUUGCCGCCGAUGCCCCCAUCGCCGAAGCCCCUGCCAGUCGGACUGGAGCCGAGCUCCCCACCACUUCGUGCGGCUAGGGCAUCAAUGCCCAUCGCCGUCGCCACCGCCACCUUCCGUCGCCGCCGCCGCCUUCCGUCGCCAGCCGACGUGCGCCUCGGCAUCCCUCCGUCGCCCGCACCCUCCUGUCGCUGGUGUGCCCAUCGCUCGGCCGCCGCUGGCCAUGCCCUAGCUCUCCCCUGGCCGGUAAGCUAA